CCACUUGACAUACCUAGCUCAGCCCUACGGAGAUCAAAACAUGCGACGGUCGAGAUGGCACCUGAACGCUUCAGCGCGUGCGAACUGGUCCCCAAAGUUGCCAAGGAAGUCUACGCUUUGGUGAUGGAAUGCGGCAUUCGCCAGCGACAACGGCUUGCGGGGGAAGUUGGAACGAGGCUGGGGCAAAUUGCUCAAGAAUCAUUCGCAGGUUAUGAGCUUGACGAUACGGCUGAAGAAGCCGCCUCCAAGCUGUUGCAUACUCUGCUUGAGAUCUGCAUGUUUCCUAUUCCAGUGGCGAGCCAGAUUAUUCCUGGGCAGGACUAUAUGAGCAUUGUGACGCUGGCAAGACCAGAUAACAGGUCACGGUUGAAGAAAUCUAUAUCUCUGUCCUUCAUCACCGACAAAACACUCCCAUCUAAAGCCAAGGAGCAAUGCGACGCAUUUCUAGCUAAGCUCAGCCAGGAUGAACCAAAGAAAAAAACUGGUGUCGAUCAAAUUACGGCAGGAUCGAGGUUACCAGAGCCGGAUGACUAUCCUCAACAUGUCAGCAAGAAUCUUUUCAAGGCGCUUCACCAACAUGCAUUUUGCCAUCACGCUCAAAAGCCUCAGCAGAAGUCUUGGCUAAAUAAAACCAAGAGAAUCACUGAUCAUCAUCAUAAGCUCGCUCAUCCCAUGAGGCUUCACCUUGAUGCAAUGCCACAGAUAGAGAGUAAACAUGCAAAAUUUGAGGUUGUCAUAUCUUCUGAGAACAUGAGUUACUGGCAGCAUUUGUGGCUUGGUAUUCCCAUGCAAACAAAAGGCCGCCGCGGCGUCGUUAAGUUCGCAAAUGUUUCCAGUGACGAGGAGGGAGAUAGCAAGAUUUCAAGCCUGAAGCGCAUCAACUCGGAUUACUUCUGUCAAGUGUUGAAACAUCAGCUAUUUGCCAAAGUCAAUCUCAACUUCGUCAAAGGCGUUGGCCUGGUAUCCCUACCACCACCUGCUCCUCUCGAGAGAUUUCUAUGCCCAGGCCAGGGACUUCCACUAUCAAUAGUCAUUCAAAGCUACAAACUCACUGACAAAGACAAGAUCUUACUUGCUCAUGCCAUCGCACAUUCCUUCUGGCAGUUCUAUGGGUCCGAUUUGAUGAGGAAUCGUUGGACGAGCGAAGACAUCUGGUUCAUGCAUGAGAUGGAUCACCAGCAAUCACCGAAAGAUCAACUUGCAUUGCGGGUAUAUAUGUCACUUGACUUUGUGGAUCAGCAGAGGACGUCCGAGGACGAUGACAAAUCAAUGCUGACGCACCCAUUUCCGCACAUUCUCGGGUUGGGACUUAUACUUCUCCAGAUUGGUCUUGCGCGGCCUUUUCAAUCAAUGACGCACUUACCGCUUACAUCUCGACUGAACAGAGACCAUGGUGCCGCACGACAGCUACUAGGUGAACUAGAAAAAGCCCAAUGGGCGCGACCAACACAUCGCGAUAUCUUUGCAAGAGCCGUGUCAAAUUGCUUGGAUCCUAGAACAUUCACCGCUUUCAACCAGAAACCCAAGACAACAAAGAGUUCGCCAACCAAUAACCCUGCCACCGACGAAAGUGAAGAUGGCAGAAGGCGGAAAGUGUAUACUGAAAUAGUCGAACCACUGGCAAAGUUGGUCAACAUUGCCUUCAAAACCGACGCGAAAUACGUAUCUUACUUAGCAAGAUGCAAAGAGGUCGAAGCAUCACAAAACAAACUCCGCUCUCAAGUGGCCUCAUUCCAUACGGGAAAGACAGUCGUCCCUGAAGAAUGGCUUGACAACUUGAAACACAUUAGCAUGCACAUCGUGAAUCUAUGGGAGGAAAAGCCGGACCACGACUUCAAGCCUGUGAAGAUAGCGAUUUUAGAUACAGGGUGCGAUGCAGACUUGCCGUUUUGCAAGAUACCAAGGAGGAAGAAGUCCAUAAGGGCCUGGAAGGAUUUCACAAAUGAUGCGAGCGGGGACAUGCCUGAAUCAGACUCCAUGGAAGAUGAAUAUGGUCAUGGCAGCCUGAUGACUCGAUUGGUCAUGGAAGCUGCUCCACUAGCUCAUGUUUACGUGGCCCGAGUUGCCAGGAACACUGAUGAACUCGAGUUCAGCAGUGAUCAAAUAGCACAGGCAAUUCGAUGGGCUGGAUUCGAAGCGGAAGUGGACAUCAUCUCCAUGUCCUUCGGCUUUCCCCACGACGACGACGCCAUCUCUACAGCUAUAGAAGAUGUUGAGCGAAGUCGCGACAUCAUAUUUGUAGCUAGUGCGGGUAACAAUGCAGCUUACCAAAAAGAAGCCUUCCCUGCGAGGCACAGAUCGGUCAUCUCGGUCAGAGCAACAGAUUGCCAGGGUACGUUUAGUGCCAGUAACCCUCCAAUAAUUGACCGAAACACUGUUGCUCUCGGCACAUUCGGGGACAACCUGCCACCUCGCCUCAACAACGAGAUUACCAAACGUUUUGGUCCUCAUAUCUGCCAUCCUGGAUCAUCAAUAGCGACAGCGGUGGCUGCUGGUAUAGCAGCAUCAACGAUAGCUUACGCAGAAGUUCUUUCCACAGUUCUUCCAAUACCAACAGAUCAAAGUCCAGUAAAGUGCUUGAAGAGAACUGAGGGUAUGAGAAGGCUGCUGGAAAAGAUGGCACCGGAUCAGACAGGACAUCAUAGGUUCAUAAACCCGAUAUGGUUCUGGAGUGAAAAGGCGGAUGCUUGGAGGGCAUGGGCUGCUAUGUAUGAUGGAGUGUCACCAUUUAUGUACAGAUGAGAAGACAAAAAAGCAAU